CACAACGAUGGCCAAUAAUAUCCGCUCAGCCAAGCCCGGAAACGAAUGGACUACAAACGACCUGGACGCGUAUAAAAUCAGAAUCACUUUCCAGGAUGCUCAAAUGUUCUUCGACGAAACAGCCUUACCAGCGCCCUCGGUUCACCAAGAGAUCCUUACAGCCCCUAUCGCUGACGACGCAGUCGACGACUCGUCCUACAAUCUCCUCGCUCAACUCGAACUCGCAAUGGUGCCCUCCGAACCGGAAGAUUCAGCAGUCGUUGAUUUUACUGUGGCGUUUUUCCACUGUCUUGGAUAUAUCCAUCGUCCUCGAGCCAUUCGGACGCGCAAAGAAUUACGGUUCCUAAUCUGCGGGGAGACCAAGUGCGCUAAACCUGACAUCUGCAUCCUCAAUCGAGAUACGAACGAUAUUAUCCUCCUGGUCCAAGAGGAUAAACGGUUCGGCCCGGGUGACGUUCAUGCUCAACUCAUUGCCGGGACCAUAGCCGCGUUCCAAUUCAAUAAUGCUCGAAGGCGAGCAGUAGGACUUGAUCCAUUGGACAGUAAGGUCAUCCCCGGUAUAAUCAUGGUCGGGACUCAUCCAAGUUUCUUCAAGAUCCCAGUCACCCAAGAAUUGACUCGAUGUGUUGAAUCCGGACAAUUCCCACCUGCUCCCACCAUCGUCCCUGGGCAUGUCCCUGAUCUCCCACGUCCCAAUCACAGGUUCAGUGAGGGCAUGAAACCCCUUGAUAAUCGACGUGCCAUCCUACAAUGUUACGAGGCUUUCAAGAAAUUCGUUCUUUGACCAGUACUAGUGAUUUGGUCACCUCGUUCUGCACCAGGGGAUCAGCCAUCGGCGAAGACAAUAAUCUAAUCUCCUACCUCGACAACAAACACUUUCUCCAU